AACAUAUGUUCACUAUUCCAGCCCAAGCCCAAGCCCAAGCCCAAGAACCAACCUAAUUCACCUUACAAAUUUCCAAACGGGCUUUCCUCUCUUAGCUUCCCUAUUCACCAAUAUGUAUAUUUUGUGAUUCCGCUAAGCAAUAAUAUGAGCAUCCCACCACCACUCCAAGUAGCACUGACUUCUCUUCACAGCGUUGAGGUUCAAACUAAAGAGAAGAGGAAGAGAAUAAUGGGUACAAGAGAAGUGUACGAACAGAAGCUAAAGACUGGAAAUCUCGACCACGAUCCCACCCUCAACCCUGGCCUUGGUUCCGCUCGUUGCCCUCGCUGUCUCUCCCUUCUCAACCCUAAUCCCGAAAGAGGCGAAUGGACCAUCAAUUCCGUCUUGCACGAUGCCACUGCCGUUGCUGGCUCCGGAAUUGGUAGUAUGCUUAGUGCAGUUCAUGGUUUGAAUACAGGGUUGCCAUAUCUUCAAAAUCGUCUGAAAGGACCGAAGUGGCUGCCUUUUGUAGUUGGGCUUCCUCCAUUGUUGAUAUUUUCAGGAGCAAGUGCUGCAUUUGGAGGUUACAUGCUUCCAAAGUUCACUCAACUCACUGUGACAUCCUAUUAUGCUGCCUCGAGUGCCUCACACUACGGAAUCUCACUUCUCACCCGGCAUAUUGAAGACAAGUCCAAUUCUGAAACACAGCAUCUCAAGAGGCUCUGAUAAUUCAUUUGAGGUGAACUUAUAAAGAUGAAGCAUUAUACUGUAUGGCAAUUUUGUUUACAUUUUUCUUUUUUAAAAUCUAUGUACCAGAUGUACCAUGCUGUUGGUUAGGAUUAUUAGAAUAUAACUUAUAAUCUAUUUGUUACUCCAGGCGGAAAUACUUACAAUGUGAAUAAUAUUUCUGUAUAUUAUACUUUUGAGUAGCAACUGCCUAUUUAUUGAACUA